AUGGGAUUAACAAGGAAGAUUGUUCUGGACAAGAGAAGAAUAGGGAGAUUGAAUGGAUUUAAGAGAGAAAUCAAACUUCUGAAUGAGAUUGCUAAGAUUGGUCAAAAGAAGGAAGUCGAGUUGCUGUGCUGCGAAAGGAUUGUAGCUAAGACCAAUGAGAAGCUUAGCUGCCAAGUUCUUGAAGUGGAGAAGAGAAACGGAGAGGAUCUUAAGGCAUCAAAGAUGACUGAAACAACUGUACAAGAGCUUGACAAAGUUAAAAUUGAGCGCCAGAGUUUCUUAACAGCGAAGACCGGUUUGGAGAAAAGCGAAACGGCUUUCCUUGAAAAAGAUCUGGUAGAGCCAAAAAUAGCUAUGGAUGCUCUGAAAACAGAACUAGACUCUGUUGGAAUGGAUGCAAAACAAAGCUUGGUGAUGCUUAAGAGCACAGCAUCCAUAGUGUCACAAUCAGACAACCGAGAAGCUAGUUUCAUUGGCGAGCAACAAGAGCCAGAGAAUGGAACCAAAUCCUUUACGCUGGAGCUAAAAUCAAAGACAAAAAGGAUAUCAUCGAGGAAAUGA